AUGCAACGGGCCUCUGUGGAAACCGUAGCCCCAACCAUCAAAUGGAAUAUUAAAUAUAAUGGAAACAUUAUCUUUUGUUCAACAGGAGAGGAAAAAGACAGUAAGCUGAGAAUCGUUCUGGUGGGAAAGACUGGAGUAGGGAAGAGUGCAGCGGGAAACUCCAUCCUGGGGAGAAAGGAGUUCAAAUCUGCUCUCAGCUCUUCCUCUGUAACUUCAGAGUGUGACAAAGCUACAGGAGAAGUGGACGGGAGAAAGGUGGCCGUGGUGGACACUCCAGGCCUGUUUGACACUAAUUUCACCAAGGAGGAAAUCAUAAAGGAGAUCGCACUGUGUAUAUCCCUGUCUUCCCCUGGACCACAUGCUUUCCUGGUGGUCCUGCAGCUGGGCAGAUUCACACAGGAGGAACAGGACACAGUGGAGAUCAUACAGAAAACCUUUGGACCUCAAGCAGAUCAAUACACCAUGGUGCUAUUCACACAUGGAGACCAGCUGGAGGGAACCAAGAUUGAAGAUUUUAUCAGUGGAAAUGCAAAGAUCUCGGAGUUCAUCUCAACAUGCCAUGGUGGAUACCAUGUGUUCAACAAUGAAGAUGAGGGAAAUCGCUCUCAGGUCACAGAGCUGCUGGAAAAGAUAGAGAAGAUGGUGGCUCUCAAUGGGGGAGGUUGUUACACCACUGAGAUGUAUAAGGAAGCUGAGAGGGCCAUUGAGAAGGAGAAAGAGAAGAUUCUGAAGGAGACGCAAGAAGCCAAACGCAGAGAGGAGGAGGAGCUCAGGAAACAUCUGAAAGGGGAAGCUUUAGAGCAAGCAAGAAAGGAGCUUUCUGAACGAUACGAGAGAGAAGCGAGAGAGAAAGCCGAGAAAGACAAUCUAUUUAUAAGGAUGGCUCCAUUAAUAGGGUUAGGAUUCGGAGUGGUAGGAGGGGUUGCUACAGGAGCUGUGUUAGGAGCACUGGUAGGAGGUCCAGCUGGAGCAGUAGCUGGAGCAGCCAUAGGAUUGUCAUCUGGAGCAGCAGCUGGAGCAGCAAUAGGGGCAGGGGUUUCACAGCAGUGUACCAUACAACGAGCCUGGAAGAACAAUCAUUUAGUCAGGGUUAGGGUUAUUAAACAUAAUAGUGACGAUAUUGCCUUGUGUUCAACAGGAGAGGAAGAGCUGAGAAUCGUUCUGCUGGGAAAGACUGGAGUAGGGAAGAGUGCGGCGGGAAACACCAUCCUGGGGAGAAAGGAGUUCAAAUCUGCCCUCAGCUCUUCCUCUGUAACUUCAGAGUGUGACAAAGCUACAGGAGAAGUGGACGGGAGAAAGGUGGCCGUGGUGGACACUCCAGGCCUGUUUGACACUAAUUUCACCAAGGAGGAAAUCAUAAAGGAGAUUGCACGGUGUGUAUCCCUGUCUUCCCCUGGACCACAUGUUUUCCUGGUGGUUCUGCAGCUGGGCAGAUUCACACGGGAGGAGCAGGACACAGUGGAGAUCAUUCAGACAAUCUUUGGAUCUCAAGCAGAUCAAUACACCAUGGUGCUAUUCACACAUGGAGACCAGCUGAAGGGAACCAAGAUUGAAGAUUUUAUCAGCGGAGAUGAAAAGAUCUCGGAGUUCAUCUCAAAAUGUCGUGGUGGAUACCAUGUGUUCAACAACAAAAACAUGGGAAAUCGCUCUCAGGUCACAGAGCUGCUGGAAAAGAUAGAGAAGAUGGUGGCUCUCAAUGGGGGAGGUUGUUACACCACUGAGAUGUAUAAGGAAGCUGAGAGGGCCAUUGAGAAGGAGAAAGAGAGGAUUCUGAAGGAGACGCAAGAAGCCAAACGCAGAGAGAAGGAGGAGCUCAGGAAACAUCUGGAAGAGGAAGCUUUCGCGCAAGCAAGAAAGGAGCUUUCUGAACGAUACGAGAGAGAAGUGAGAGAGAAAGCAGUUAUAAGGACGGCGUCACUAAUCGGAGCUGGAGUAGGACUGGUAGGAGAUGUCCUUGGAUCUGCAGUAGGAGCAGCAAUAGCAGCAGCUGUAGCAGCACUAGUGUCACGGAGAUGUGUCAUUCAGUGAGGUUUAAAAGUUUAGAAGUUUUACCUUCAUUCAUUU